CCUCCUGGCUGAUGUUUUCUGUCAAAGCCGCUCGGGCACUGACGCGGCCUGGGGUGGACAUUCCCCGUACUUGGCUGCUGAUCAGAUGGAGGCUCUGCUUCACUGCACAGUCCCACACAGAGCGGAGGGACCAUGUCAGCAGCCGCAGCCACACUCAGCGGGAUUCAGCACGACUGGACUGUCCAAAACAACCGGGGAGUGAAAGCAGAAACCUCAGCACCUCCUCCACCUCCUCCACCUCCACCACCACAGCUCCUAAUGAGAUCUCUGUGGACUUUGACCUGACCCGAGAGUCUUAUAAAAGCAAAGACUCAUUAGAGCUGCUCAGAGGUUUGGUGGUUUUUAAAGUCUGCUCCUAUGACAGCAUGGUAGAUAAGAAUCAAGAGAUAAUGGAUCUAUGUAAAAAGCUUCUGGGCCAGAGAGCCUUCAACCAAUUCAUGAAAAUAACAUUUUAUGGUCAGUUUGUGGCUGGUGAAGACGAGAAGGCUGUCAGGCCACUGAUCCAGAAGAAUCAGGCCUUCCGUGUUGGCUCCAUACUGGACUAUUGUGUGGAGAAAGAUAUCAGCCAGGAGAAGCCAGAAAUGAGCAACUCGUGUGAGUCCUCUGCAGCAAACGAGAGCAUAGGCAAAAACAACAGAGAGAUAGAUUUUAAAGAGCAUAAACAAUCUGGGGACCGUCGUGGAGGAGUGACUGGAGUAUGCAGCAAUGAGGGCAAAUGUGACCAGAAUAUGGAAAUCUUCAUCAAAUGCAUCAGCGCCUCUAGUGAGAGUUCAAUGGACGCUUUCUCUGCCAUCAAAAUGACUGCUCUAGGUCAACCUCAGGUUCUGAUCAAAUUGUCAGAGGUCCUUGUGAAAUGGCAGCGAUUUUUCAACUUCCUGGCAUUGCAGCAGGGGAAAUAUGGUAUGGAAGUCUUGGAGCAGAGGGUGGACCUAAACCAACUACAGGAAUUAUUGACCAAACUGGGUGCAAAAGGUGACUUCUAUGGCUGGUUUUCUAGCAGGAAAGAGGAAAACUCACGAAUCAUUGACGUGCUUGACUGGAACAGCUUAUUAGAUCACAGAGCAAAGGUGCCGGACCUCCUGGUUGUUCCAAAUCUAAAGCUAAGGAUGCUGGAGCCUUUGCUGCAGAAUUUCACCACAGAGGAGGAGGAACAGUUGAAGAGGACGGUGCAGCGGAUGGACAUCUUAGCUAAGCAUGCCGUAGGGAAAGGUGUUUGCUUGCUGGCAGACGCAGAGCAAACUUACUUCCAGCCAGCCAUCGGCAAACUGACAUUAGAUAUGCAGAGGAUUUAUAACCGAGAAAAGGCUGUCGUCUUUAACACGUACCAAUGCUACCUGAAGGAAGCCUAUCAUAACGUGACUAUGGAUGUAGAACUGUCACGGCGUGAGCGUUGGCGUUUUGCUGCCAAGCUGGUACGUGGAGCCUACAUGUAUCUGGAGCGAGAAAGGGCCCGAAAGAUUGGCUAUGAAGACCCAAUCAACCCGGAUUAUGAGUCUACUAAUAGAAUGUACCACAGGUGUCUAGAUUAUGUGCUGGAUGAGAUUGCACACCGCAGAAAUGCCAAUGUCAUGGUUGCUUCCCAUAAUGAAGACACAGUGAAACACACCUUAAGGAGAAUGAAUGAGCUGGGUCUCGUACCCACGGAGAACAAGGUGUACUUUGCUCAGCUGCUGGGCAUGUGUGAUCAGAUCAGCUUCCCAUUGGGCCAGAAAGGCUUCCCCGUCUACAAGUAUGUCCCCUAUGGGCCGAUAAAUGAGGUCAUGCCUUACCUGUCACGGAGAGCCCAGGAGAACAGAGGCUUCAUGAAAGGCACCCAAAAGGAGAGAGAGCUGCUGUGGAAGGAGCUGAAACGCAGGCUCACCUCUGGGGAGCUUCUCUACAGACCUGUGUACUGA